AUGAGUUCAGUUGGAGAAAAAAGAAAAGCAAAAAAGUAUGUAUUAGUUAAAUAUUACCAUGGAGAGCCAAAAGAGAGUGACUUUGAAAUCGUGGAAGAAGAUCUACCUGAAGUUAAAGAUGGAGAAAUAAUGGUCGAAGCACUGUACUACAGCAUCGACCCAUACAUGCGUGCGCAUAUGCAACUACAUAAAUUGCCAAUAGAUAUGAUUGGGAGGCAGCUGGCGAAGAUAAUGGCGAGUCGUCACGACAGCUACCCUGUUGGUUGCCAUAUAGUGGCUUCAUUGGGCUGGCGAACGCAUACUGUUUUCAAGCCAGAAAUACCCUUCCAAACCGAAUCACUCCCUGUUGUCCGUGUGCCAGAUAUCAGCCCGCAUCCUCUGUCUUUGAGCCUGGGAAUGCUGGAUAUGCCGGGAAAUACAGCACAUUUCGGCAUAACAGAGUCACUCAAACCAAAGGCAGGAGAAAUAGUAGUCAUUACCGGGGCAGCUGGAGCAGUUGGUUCUCAUGCUGGACAAAUCGCGAAGAUUUUGGGCUGCACAGUGAUUGGCUUCGCUGGGACAGAUGAGAAAUGCAAAUACUUGAUCAACGAACUUGGUUUCGAUCAUGCAUUUAACUACAAAACUGUUGAUGUACCAACUGUCCUCGGGGAGGCAGCACCAACAGGUGUAGACUGCUAUUUCGAUAACGUUGGAGGAGAAAUAAGUUACAAAAUUAUGCGACAAAUGAAACAACAAGGCAGAAUAACUGUUUGUGGUUCCAUAUCGUCGUAUAACGCAACUGAACCAGCGAAAGUGACCAUCAUGCAACCGAUCAUAGCGUUCAAAGAAUUGAAGAUAGAAGGUUUUUUAUGUCUUUCGUUGGGAGAACAGAUGGUUGGAAGGUAUGAACAAGACAUUGGCGUGGAUUAA